GAGGCGGGCCCCGGGUGGCGCCGCCGCCGGCCGCCCCUGGCUCCCGGCCCCGCCUCCCGCGGACGCUGUUCCCCUUGCUGUUUUCCCCCGGGGGCCCACAGCGAGUCCCUCGGUUUUACCCCUCGGCCCACCCCCUCGUCUCACGUGGCUCUGGGCCACUCCACGCUAGAACCCGCGCGGAACCUCACAGGGAGUGCCAGUGGCGGCGCCUGCCCCACACUGCGCUGUGCCUCCUGGACGAGCCUCUGCGGCCCUAAAAGUGCUAACGGUGGUGCGUGCGCCGGACGCAGAAGGAAAUCACCAUGUCUUUUUGCCGAGUGGGGCUCCGUUUGGCUGCCUGUUUAUUAAACAUUUCAGAAGCCAGAAAAAAGUACGUUGUUGAGAACAUAGCAAAAGCUGCUCUUCUUGAAAGAAAUGGACAGAGACAUCCUGAAGUAUCAGUGCUCAAUAUAUUUUCUGAUCCAGAGUACAAUAGAUCAGUCAUUACAAUAGCAGCUUCUAUUGAUGAGUUAGGCAAUUCCGUUCUGGCUGCCUGCUUGGAAGCCUUCCAGUCUAUCGAUAUGGAGAUUCAGGAGGGGAUCCAUCCUUGCCUGGGAGCAGUGGACCUGAUUCCCAUUUACCCUCUUUCUGGUGUCGGAGUGGAAGAGUGUGGAGCUGUGGCCAGAAGCCUCGCUGAGAAUCUGGUCCUCAGUGUUCCUGGCUGCAGUGUGUUUCUCUUUGGUGAGGCCGACCUGCCUGAGAAGCGCCCUCUUGUCCAGAGAAGGAAGCAGCUGGGCUGGUUCACAAGGAGGGAUUUCAGCGCUCUUAAACCUGACCUGGGACCUGCACCUGCCAGAAGAUGUGGUUUGACAGGCAUCGGCGCUAGCCCAUACGUGAUGAACUGCAAUGUUACCAUAGAUUCUCAAGACUUGGCUCUGGGAAAAGAAAUCGCUAGUGCCAUUCGGGGCUCGAAUGUGAAUGGACUGAAGGGCGUCCAAACAAUGGCUUUUCCUCAUGAAGGGAAAAUUGAGAUAGCUUGCAAUGUAGAGAGUUUUGAAGAUCAAGAAGUUACAGAAACCUCCGAAGGCUCUCAAUACAUGGCUUACAGUGUCCUUGGGGACCAUUUUUAUUAUGUAUCUCCUCAUUACAUAGAAGCUCAAGUUAAAAAAUUGGCAAGUGAUCGAGGAAUUGGUACGAUAGGGAGAGCAUUAAUUGGAUUUACACCCCAAGAGUGCAAGAGCUGUGCUGAGUAUGCAAUAAAAGAAAGUAUUGGGGAGUUCUGGAAGAUACGGGAAGGUGUUUUCAUGUGAUCCAAUCUAAGGUUUCGUUGAAAUUGUAAGAAAAAAUAUCAGCCAUUGUGAACUUUUCUUAUUGGCCUGUGAAGACAAGGAGAAGACUCAAGAGCUUGGUUCUAUGUGUGAAUUGGAAAACUAGAAGCCUUCUCUGUCCAACGACAGCAAUAGGUGUUUAUAGAUUGUAAUUGCCUUAUGAUAUUUCUAGUCAUCACUGAAACUUUGUGAAAUCUUCCUCUGUAUCAAGUUCAUGCACUUGGGUGUACUAGAAGCCCCCCUGAAUGAGCUGGAUAAAAUGGCCAUAGUUACGGAAUCAUCUUUGAUUAUCAUGAACUAAACUAAAAACAGACUCCAUUUAUUUGGUGUUCCUGAGCUCUUUAUUCCAAAGUCCUGUA